GAUAAAAAGGGCAGUCAGGAGACAAGAUACUGAAACACAUCAUUCACUUUCAUCAAACACAAGAAGCUUGAAGAACACCCUCAUUAAAAAUGAGGGUGGUUAACCUGGGUCCAGACCCCUCACUUGCGUACCGCCCUGAGUACCUGCUUAAAGAUGCCAAAGACCAAUCUCAAUUCAGAAACUUUGAGAGUGGAGAACUGUUUGACCGCGUGUUUACCACAUACAAACUGAUGCACACACACCAGACCCUGGACUUUGUCAAACAGAAGCACGCUGAAUGGGCGGGCUGUACUCACUCUCGUAUGACUGUGAUGGAGAGCAUUGACUGUCUGGACCAGCUGAUCGAUGAAUCCGACCCUGACGUUGAUUUCCCCAACUCUUUUCAUGCCUUCCAAACUGCUGAGGGCAUCCGCAGGGAACACCCAGACAAGGACUGGUUUCAACUGGUUGGUUUGAUCCAUGACAUUGGGAAAAUCAUGGCCCUUUGGGGAGAGCCGCAGUGGGCAGUGGUUGGAGACACAUACCCUGUAGGCUGCAGGUUCCAGAACUCUAUCGUUUUCAGAGAGACUACAUUUGUGGAAAAUCCAGAUGACAAGAACAGCAGCCUCAACACAGAGUGUGGGAUUUAUAAAACUAACUGUGGACUUGAGAAUGUUUUCAUGUCUUGGGGACACGAUGAGUAUUUGUACCAAGUGAUGAAAUUUAACAAGUGUCCGAUCCCAGAGGAGGGUCUGUAUAUGAUCCGGUUCCACUCGUUCUACCCCUGGCAUUCUCACGGAAACUACAUGCACCUGUGCAACGAGAAAGAUCUGAAGAUGCUGCCCUGGGUCAAAGAGUUUAACAAGUUUGAUUUAUACACUAAAAGCACAGAGCUGCCUGAUGUGGAACAGCUGAAGCCAUAUUACCAGUCUCUUAUUGACAAGUACUGUCCAGGAGUGCUGUCCUGGUGAACACGCACCACAAUCUGCACAAUCAGCAGUAUCUGAAGUACCACAAUAUAUGAUGUAGCGCUCACAGAAUGGAGUUUGUUCAAAGAAGUCUCUGAUCUAUAGUAAAGCUUGUAUACAAUUUAAAGGAAAAAGAAAGGGCUUGCAAAUCUGAUAUAAGCAAUCUAAUGUUAAGAGCCUUGUGUUUCUCUGCCAUACUGAUUAAACCAUCAUUUUCACUGUAUACCAAUGUGUUUUAUAAGGCCAUUUAGUAACAUUGUCACUGUAUCCUGUUGUGUAAAGACUUUUUGCAAAGCCUUCAUGCAUCACCUCUUCUCUGUAUACUGAUAUUUAAGAGUCAAAUAAGGCCAUGGAAUCUUAUAAGGCCAUGCUUUGGUAUAUUCACAGUAUAACAAAAUGUAUCAGAGACUUAUAAGGUAAUUGAAUCACAUUCACAGUAUACUAAAAUAAUAAAAACU